CCUUUAAAAUCUAUUUAUAUGCCUUCCUCUCCUCUACCCCUUCUUGCCCACAACCCACUCUCUUCUACACCCAAGAAGAGAGAAAGAGAGUGUUCAGAUCUAAGUAGAACUACACCCCCUCUAGGGAGAGAAAACUAAGCAAGCAAAAUGGCUUUGCUGGUUGAGAAAACCACUACCGGCCGGGAGUAUAAGGUGAAAGACAUGUCCCAGGCAGACUUCGGUCGGCUCGAAAUCGAGUUGGCUGAAAUCGAAAUGCCCGGGCUUAUGUCGUGUCGGGCAGAGUUUGGCCCGACACAGCCCUUUAAGGGAGCUAAAAUCACUGGCUCCCUCCAUAUGACCAUCCAGACCGCGGUCCUCAUCGAGACCUUAACGGCCUUGGGGGCGGAGGUCAGAUGGUGCUCAUGUAAUAUUUUCUCCACCCAAGACCACGCUGCCUCGGCAAUUGCUCGUGACAGCGCUGCUGUGUUCGCCUGGAAGGGCGAAACACUCCAGGAGUACUGGUGGUGCACUGAGCGGGCCCUCGACUGGGGACCCGACGGUGGGCCAGAUCUCAUCGUCGAUGACGGUGGUGAUGCUACCUUGUUGAUCCACGAGGGGGUCAAAGCCGAGGAGGAAUUUGCAAAAACGGGUAAGGUACCAGACCCGAAUUCUACUGAUAAUGCAGAGUUUCAGAUUGUUUUGACCAUAAUUAAGGAUGGUUUGAAGACGGAUCCAAAGAGGUAUCACAAGAUGAAGGAGAGAUUGGUUGGAGUUUCAGAGGAGACCACAACUGGUGUUAAGAGAUUGUACCAGAUGCAGGCUAAUGGCACAUUGUUGUUCCCUGCCAUUAAUGUCAAUGACUCUGUCACCAAGAGCAAGUUUGAUAACUUGUAUGGAUGCCGCCAUUCACUUCCUGAUGGCCUGAUGAGAGCCACUGAUGUGAUGAUUGCCGGCAAGGUUGCUGUUGUUGCCGGUUAUGGAGAUGUGGGCAAGGGAUGUGCAGCUGCCAUGAAGCAAGCCGGAGCACGUGUAAUCGUGACUGAGAUUGAUCCCAUCUGUGCUCUUCAAGCUCUCAUGGAAGGCCUCCAAGUUCUCCGCCUUGAAGACGUCGUCUCAGAAGCUGAUAUCUUUGUAACCACCACUGGUAACAAGAACAUAAUCAUGGUUGACCACAUGAGAAAGAUGAAGAACAAUGCCAUUGUUUGCAACAUUGGUCAUUUUGAUAAUGAAAUCGAUAUGCACGGUCUUGAGACAUACCCUGGUGUUAAGCGCAUCACGAUAAAGCCCCAAACGGAUAGGUGGGUGUUCCCGGAUACCAAUUCAGGCAUCAUUAUCUUGGCCGAGGGGCGACUUAUGAAUUUGGGUUGUGCCACAGGGCACCCGAGCUUUGUCAUGUCCUGCUCCUUCACUAACCAAGUGAUUGCUCAGCUUGAGCUUUGGAAGGAGAAGGCAACCGGGAAGUACGAGAAGAAGGUUUAUGUUUUGCCCAAGCACCUCGACGAGAAGGUCGCAGCGCUUCAUCUCGGAAAGCUUGGUGCUAAGCUUACCAAGCUCUCCAAGGAACAGGCUGAUUACAUUAGUGUACCAGUUGAAGGUCCUUACAAGCCUCCUCGCUACAGGUACUGAGGAAAGAGUGUUUGAAACUGAGAAAACAAGACAUUUGAAGUGCGUGAUGGUACCUCUGUUGUGUUUUGAAUUGUGUUAAGAUUAGUACUCAUGCUUUUUCUGGAGGUUGUUAGGUGGGAAAGAUUGGUCUGUGUUGUAUUGUACAAGACCAAAGGGGGUUGAAUAAGGUGGAGUAUGGGGCUGUGUUGGAUAACGUUUUAACUGGUUUUAAUUAGAGUUUACUGCAUUUGGAUGGUGUGAUUUUAUGGGCAAAAAUUAGACAAGAGGGAAUAUAUAUGUUGUUUUCAGUUACUUUCUUUUGGCUGUUGGUGGCUUCCAAUUUGCUUUGGCUUCUUUCAAGAAAACAUUUUUGCUUGUUGAUUCAUAACAUAAUUUAUUUGUGUGUG